GAUAUCGCAACAAAGACCCCAGCAUUUGUGACCAGCAUCGUAUCGGUGCCUAAGCGACGCGAGAUAACUUGUAUUCCGGAACUCGAUUGGGAGAGAGAGGCAGGCGUUCCAAGGACGAUAAAGCUUCCACUAUUACACGAUGAGUCUUCCAUUGUGCACCAUCAACCCAGAACUCAAGGAGAAGCUUCGCAAGUUCAGGUUCCGCCGUGCUACAAACAAUGCUGCUAUCUUAAUGAAAGUGGACCAGCAGGCUUCGGAGAUCAUCUUAGAGGAAGAGCUGGAGGACCUUGAGGACAUUGACGAGCUUCGGGACUCCAUUCCAGAUACUCAGCCACGCUAUGUGCUCAUUUCGUGGCGCAUCUCCCACCCCGAUGGUCGCAUCUCCUACCCUAUGGCUUUUAUUUUUACAACACCAAGAGAUUGCCAGCCACAGCUCCAGAUGAUGUAUGCAGGGAGUUACACACACAUGAUUAAGGAAUGUAACCUCACAAAGGUGUUCCAGGUGCGAGACCUUGAAGAACUGGAUAAUGAUUGGAUUCAGAACAACUUAGUACGGUAAAAGAUCCCUGUGCAGUCAACAAGCGGCAGGAAAACACAAGCAAUGCCUCUCUUGAUUCUGAAUAGUGUGAUUUUCCUUCCUCUUCUCUCUCUGUGUUUCUGACUUUUUUUUUCACCCCUAUUUUUGUAUGAAGGGGAAAAUGAUAGCGGCAGAGAAGAUAAUGUAUUAACAAAAAUGAUUAUGAUUUUUUUGUGACAAAAGAUAUUUAGUUGAGGGUAGACAUAAUGAUUAAUACAGAUGGACCAUGCAACUUACAGAAUGAGGCAUAACUAUAGUUUUAUAUUAUAACACUAGUGUAAAUGCACGUCAUGCACACCAUGCACAGGUAAACACACAGAGUUAUACACAAAUAUAUGUAAGCACACCUGCACUUGUAUACCUUUACAUUUUUUAAAUACACCUGCACAUGCACACAUGCUUCCAUGUUGAUGCAAACACAUAUACAGCUUAAUUUACUCAUACAUGUUAUAACAGUAGAUCUGUUAAAAGAAGCAUUCAUAUGUUUUGAAUAAGGAAUGCUAGGCUCAAAAUAGACCUAAAAUAUAACACAAAUUUACCUGACACUAGAAUGGAAAACAAUUACUCAAUUUUGAAAAAAAUGUCCUAUUAUAAGUCAAUUUUUAUCAAUACCAGUGGAAUAUUCUCAGAUGUGAUUUACAUACUCUUAUUACCAUGUUUAUUUGUUUAUUAUUUAUGACAGGGAGAUAUGCUAACAACACAUAGCUAUCAUAAGACUUGAGUACAAAUUCUACAAGUCAUAAAAGAUGUGUAUAAAGUUACAAUUAACAUAUUAAACUUUUUUUCUCCAUUUCAUUUGUGUAUGUUUGUGUGCAGGAUUGUAUAGAUGUGUUGGUGUGUGCAUCCAAGCAUGUAUGUGUAUUUGUUCACAGAGAUAUAUUGGCUUUAAGACAGUUUUAAAUUUCUUAUAUUUGUUGUAUUGUUAUAAAGAAUUUUUCUAUAAACAAGACAUUUUCUAUAUUAAAAUAUAAAUGAAAGUGCAUUAGAAUUUUUUUUUUUUGUGUGUGUGUGUGUGCUUGCGUGUGUUUGUGUAUGUGCGUGCAUACUUUGUAUGUGUGUACAUGUGUGUACAUGUGUGUACAUGUGUUUACAUGUUUUGUGUUCACAGUGCACUUGAAAAUGAAUUCUUGGAAUUUGUAAAAGGAUCAAAGUUUAAAGAAUAAUAAUCAUAAAAAUAAAAGUACAAUUGAAUGAGAUAACAAAAACCUGAGUGCGGGGAUAUAUAAAUUGUUAGACAUUGCCCUAUUCUGCUGUUUUAGUCUCCUCUUUAUAGAUUACAGUCAUUGAAAAAAACAAGAACGCUUUCAUUAGUCAAAGUCUAUUGUAAUCUUAAAAUGCACAAAAUCAAGGCUAAGAAAAUGUUACUUAAAUGACUUCUGUAUAUGAGGAGAUGGCAAUUUUAUCAAUGAUUUUGGAAAAUAUUGCAGUUUGUAUGUGAAUGUUUGUGUAAGAGUGUUUUCCUUUUUUUUCCUUAUUUAAUUGCAUAUAGUUACUAGCAAGCGCCACAAACAAUUUUGUGUGGUAUCUUCAACAGACUCAUACCUUUUAGCAAAAGCAUUUUUCUUCAGACUUAUUACCUUUAGUUUAAAAAAAAAUAUAUGCUAAAUGUACACAUAAUGAUUAAAAGCCAUAGAUUAAAAGUGCCAUUCAUUGUCAGUGUCCAGAAAGAAGAGAAUUUUAGUUCAUCAUUAUUAUCUACUUUUGCAGAAGGUUUACCUGUUAAGAUGUAAAGACAUUUCUCCUGAUUUUGAAUUGAAUGUCAAGAUAUAUUUUGUUUUGUAUAUAAGUGCAUAGGCAUUCAGUCUAAUAGAAUGGAAAGAGGUAUUGCAAGUAGAUUGAUAACAUAAUGGAAACAAUAUGUCUGUAUUUCUUAGUGGAUAUCUUUCAUAUUGUAACCUAGUUGGUAUAGCUGUUACUUGGUAACUUUAGAUACUGGAUUAUUUUUAGUAUUUUCAUAUUUAGAUGUUUUUGGAAAUGUAAUAUGAGAAUGAUGUAAUGUUUUUCUUUUUAAAAAUAUAAACUAUAGUAUAUUCAGUGAUGCUUUAUCAAGUAUAUGUUAAUGCAGAUAGACAAGUGAAUAGAUGUACUCUAUAUAACAUUUCAGUAAAUACCAAAUAUUAAAAAGUAUCUGUGGAUAGUUUGCAUGAACUUGAAAAAAGGGAUUAAAACUUUCAAGUACCAAGCAUCUAAGUAUCACUUACAGAGGCUUACCUUAUAGAAAGUAAAUCAUAUAGACCAUAAAAUAAUACGUGUAACCUCGCAUACCCUUUUCCCCAUUUUGAUUUGAGAUGGGAUUUGCUUUAGCUUUUGUACGUUUUGGAAUUUUAAAGCCGUUUCUUUAGAGUAAAUAGGUUACAUGUAUGCAUGAAGAUUUUUUUCCUUUUACAUAUUAUUUUUCAUAUCAAGAUCUCAUCAUAGUUUAUAGUCCAAGUAUCAUUCAGUUGGAAGUCUGGAGGACAUUUUGAUGCAGUGUGAUUUAAGAUGAGACUGUAUUAACAAAGGGGGCAAAAGCAGACAGUUGAAAGCUUUAACUUGAUUUCACCAAGUUUAUUCUAAACAUGCUUUGCUUGCCAAUGAUAUAUAUGAUCAGAUUCUCUAUGUGUUUUAACUAAGUUGUCUUUACAAGUGCAUUGAAUCCCAUAAUAGGUUGCAGUAGAUGAAAUACUUCCACUUAUAAAUAACUAGAAGUGGUAGUUAAUGCAUGGUAAAGGUCAGCCAGUGUAUAUGAAAGUCUUUGAAAUAAAGUAAUGCCUGUAUAUUAGUUGAGCCAAUUUUCAGAGACUUUUAUAUUUCUGUUUUCUAUAUAUCUUCCAAGUUUUAAAUUGUAUAAAUAGUCCCAAGAUAUUAGCAUCUUAGUAAAAGGUGAAUGAAACUAUUACUCUAUUUACUACCAGUUGCAGUUAAGAUACUAUGUAAUUGAAAGCUGUCAGAAUUUAAUGUUUGCUAAAGGAGAUAAUAUAUAUAUAUAUAUAUAUAUAUAUAUAUAUAUAUAUAUAUAUAUAUAUAUAUACAUA